AGCCCUGAAAACACCAGAUCUUAGUCCAAUUAGGACAAAAAAUCAGAUUUGCUUGACUUCAGCCUGGUAAUGUGAACGUAGCCUUAAAGUGGUGUGGCUGCUGCACUCAAAGCUUCAAGUCUGUUUUUUUCCACCAUGUCAUGAAUACAAACCCUGCUCAUCAUGCUGCUUUCAAAAUGGGUUUGAAGCGGAUUAACAGAGAAAUAGUUUGUCGUGAUGGGUGGUGUUGUGCACUCAUAGUAAUAGUGACCCUACUGUUCAAACCAGUGAGCUAUGCUGAAUGGGCAAUAUGCUGUGGUCAUGUGAUCAGGCUGGCUGUAUGUUGUUGGAACCGUGGGGAGCUGUACACAGAGUGGUGUUUACACUAGGGAUGCAAAUGAUUAAUCGACUUUAGAUUAAUUGUCGAUCAAGAGGUUGCUCGAACAAAAUGUAUUAAUCGCAAUUAAUCGCUAGAGGGCGCUACUGUAGUAACUUGAACAGAGCGUAAGAACGAGAGGUGAACACGUAUCGCGAGAGAGCAGGGUUGAAAACAAAAUGAAGCGGGCGAAAAGAAGUGCGGUGUGGGACCAUUUCAACAUUGUUAAUUUAGGCAAAGAAGUCAAAUGUCCUCUGUGUAAUGCGGUAUUGAAAUACAACAGUUCCACCAGCUCACUCAGUUAUCAUUUGAACACCGUGCAUGCAGCUGUCCUGCAUGGCACCAGUGCACCUGGUCAACCUAAAAUCACAGCUACACUGGGAAGGCGAGCGUGUGAUGAGAGAAGGGUGGAGGGCAUUACAGAGAGGAUAUGCAGCAUGAUCGAGAGAGAUUUGAUGCCAAUCAACACAGUUGACGGUGCAGGAUUUCAGGUUCUCAUUGCGUUCGUAGAGCCAGGCUACAAUAUCCCUUCGAGGCCAUCAAUAACCUCCUGCCUCGAAGCUCGCUACGAAAAAAAGAAGAGUGAGCUAAAAACAAAGCUAGCUACUGCUACUGCUGUAGCCCUGACAACAGAUUGUUGGGCGGCUCUAACAACAGAAAGUUACAUGACCGUGACGUGCCACUACACUGACGAGAACUGGCAGCUAAAAUCUGCAGUGCUGAUUACGACAAACAUGUCGGAUAGACACACCGCUGACAAUUUAGCUGACAAGCUCAAUGAUGUUGUGGCGACUCUCCGGUCGCGUUACAGCGUGUGUUCACGACAACGCUAGAAACAUUGUCCAAGCAAACAACCCCACGCGAGUCAGCUGGAAAUCAGUUGCAUGUUUUGCACACACGCUAAAUCUCGCAGUCAAUGAUGGCUUUGCUGCUGCUGGGGUAAGCAGAGCAAUAGUGGCAGCGGGAAGGUUGGUGAAACAUUUCCACCACAGCACAAUCGCAACCAAAGCCCUGGAAGAAAAGCAACAGCAAAUGUCACUUCCACCGCAUCGCCUCAUUCAAUCCUGUAAAACCAGGUGGAACUCUGUCUGCGACAUGUUUCAGCGCCUAGUCGAACAGCGGUGGGCCGUGUCAGCCGUGUUAUCAGACCGGUCCGUGACAAAACUGGCAGAUGCGAGGACGCUGGAGUUGAGAGACGACUACUGGCAGCUAAUGGAAGAUAUGGCACCCGUGUUGGGAACCCUGAAGUGUGCAACUACGGUGAUGUCUACCGAGUCGGAGGUGUCAAUCUCAAACACUUACCCAAUCACGUUCAGUCAAAUGAACAAUCACCUUGGCGCUGCAGAUGGGGACAGCCACAAAGUCGCAGAGUUCAAGGAAAGAGUGCGAGAUUCGCUGGGCGAGCGCAUGAAGAUUAAGUCUGAUGACCUCGACUCAUCCACCCCUAUGGUCGCAACUAUGCUUGACCCUCGCCACAAACACCUGGAAUUUCUACCUCCAGCUACCAGGAGGUCAGCUCAUUCCAAACUGCUUGAACUGGCUACAGCUGAACGCGACAGCGUCACAGCAACAGGUGCCGCCACCGCUGGAGAGGACGGGAACACUGUCCAGUCAGCAGCGCCUCAGCGACAUGGGGCUACAUCUGCUAUGAGUUUACUCCUGGGUGAAACCUAUUCCAAUGCCCGCAAAGGUGGCGUGGAGAGCGAAGUCGACAUGUACUUAAAGGACCCUCCUGCACUUCUUGAGUCGAACCCCACAUUCUGGUGGAAAGUGAAUGAAGGGAGGUUUCCGAAGCUGGCAAAACUAGCAAAACGGUAUUUGUGUACGCCAGGCACAUCAGUCCCAUCUGAGCGUGUAUUUUCAGCAGCUGGCCUCACUGUAAAUAGACUGCGCACACGCCUUACCCCUGACCACGUUAACAUGCUCAUUUUCUUGAACAAAAAUAUAUAGGUCCAGUUGUGAUAU